AUGAAUGCUCAAAUCUCAAAAUACACAGGAUACCAUGAAAGUAAUAAAUGUUAUUCAGGGAAAGUGGCAUUAUCAUCUUUGCUGAAGUCGGCUAGGAAUAAGGUUAUUGAGAUAGGUGGAAAGAAGUAUCAGAUCAAGGGAUGUGCUGGUAAGGGUGGAUUUGCACAAGUAUACAAGGCAUCUAUCAACAAUAAUGCAGAUGACAUUGUUGCUUUGAAGAUACAAAAGCCUCCAUUCCCAUGGGCAUUCUACAUGUAUCGCCAACUUGAUAAGAGGAUCCCAGAAAAUGAAAUUUUUUAUCCCAUGGAACGCUUCAGGUGAGUUUAGGCAUCACCGCCAACAUUACCUCCCCCAGCAAAGCCAAAAUCCUCCCGUCCUCCUCCAUGGUUGGAACCUUCUAUCGCGCCCUUGCACUAGGAGCUCCCGCUUUUGUUAAGACAUGACAGAUGGCAUUCAACAGAUGUCAACUUUUUGUUCCAUACAAAAAUGUGGGGCAAAGACUUGGUUAUUGGUGGGAGACAAGGUUCGGAAAGGUCAAGUAAUAUGUAUUAUUGAAGCAAUGAAGUUGAUGAAUGAGAUUGAGCCUUUGCUUGUUAUUGAACCAUGAAGAGGAAGUGGAACAUUAUGAAGUUGGGAGAUGAAAGUCAUGUGUCAAGAUGGAAGUUAGAGUUUGUGUUUCUUUUUUUAAGGAAAGGGCGUUGGUAAUUGUGAAAAAUUGGUUUUGUAAGCCCAAAUUUUAAAAUAACACAUUAAUUGUAAGAAAAAUAUACUUUUAUUUCAAGUAAUUGUGUUGUGUCUCUCACU